UGGCGGCGGCUCCGACGCGGAAGGAGCCGGGAGCGGCUGCCGCUCCUUGCGCCACGCUCUGAGCCCGGUGCCGGCCGGGAUGGCGGGCGGCGGAGCCCCUCGGGGGACGCGACGCUGAGCGGCGGCUCGGCCGUGUUUUGAUCUGCUUUCCCAAGUGCUUGUGGUGUGGCUGGGGCCAACAUUUAACAAUGAGUGGUGCAGCGUUGGGCCUCGAGAUAGUGUUUGUCUUUUUCCUGGCCUUAUUCCUCCUUCACCGGUAUGGAGACUUCAAGAAACAGCACAGGCUGGUGAUCAUAGCAACAUUGUUGGCUUGGUAUCUCUGCUUCCUGAUUGUGUUCAUACUGCCUCUGGAUGUCAGUACGACUAUCUACAAUCGAUGCAAGCUUGCGGUUAACUCCAGUCCUGCAGAAAGUAAUGGCUCUUAUGUUACUCUUGCUCCAAGCAAACAAAAAUGUUUCAAACCCUGGAGUUAUAUUCCUGAUGGAAUUAUGCCAAUUUUCUGGCGUGUUGUGUAUUGGACAUCUCAGUUUUUAACAUGGAUUCUGCUACCUUUUAUGCAGUCAUAUGCUAGAUCAGGAGGGUUCUCCAUCACUGGAAAGAUUAAAACUGCUCUGAUUGAGAAUGCCAUCUAUUAUGGCACUUACUUGCUGAUUUUUGGAGCAUUUCUAAUAUAUGUGGCUGUAAACCCAAACUUCAAUUUACAAUGGAACCAGCUUCAGACUAUUGGAAUAGCUGCUGCAAACACAUGGGGUCUGUUCCUUCUUGUGUUGCUUUUGGGUUAUGGUUUGGUGGAAAUCCCUCGUUCUCACUGGAAUGGGGCCAAGAGGGGUUAUCUGCUCAUGAAGACUUACUUCAAAGCUGCCAAACUGAUGACUGAAAAAGCAGAUGCAGAGGAGAAUUUAGAGGAUAUUAUGGAGGAAGUCCGUAAAGUAAGUGAGAGUAUCAAAUAUAACCACCCCUUGAGGAAAUGUGUUGAUACUAUACUGAAAAAGUGCCCUACUGAGUACCAGGAAAGAAUGGGUAGAAACAUGGAUGAUUAUGAAGAUUUUGAUGAAAGACAGAACAGUUAUCCCAGUGAAAAAAGUUUGGCCAAACUUCACAAGCAGGUAAUCUAUUCAGUGCAGAGACAUCGUCGUACACAGGUCCAGUGGCAAAUUCUUUUAGAGCAAGCAUUUUACCUGGAAGAUGUGGCAAAAAAUGAAAGCAGUGCAACUCGGCAGUUUGUUCAUACCUUUCAUUCCCAGGAACCAGAAAAUAAAAUUAUUCAGUACUUCUAUACACCAACGGUUGAGUGGUACUGGGAGUGCCUUCUCCGACCGUGGUUUUACAGAGUGCUUGCAGUUGUGCUGGCCACGUUCUCUGUAAUUGUUGUGUGGUCAGAGUGCACAUUCUUCAGCACAAAACCAGUUCUGUCGCUAUUUGCGGUUUUCAUACAGCUGGCAGAAAAGACAUAUAAUUAUAUAUACAUAGAGAUGGCCUGUUUUCUUACCAUAUUUUUCUUAAGUAUCUGUGUUUACUCUACUGUCUUCAGGAUCCGUGUAUUUAACUAUUACUACUUAGCUUCACAUCAUCAGACAGAUGCAUACAGUCUCCUUUUCAGUGGCAUGUUAUUUUGCCGUCUUACUCCACCAUUGUGCUUGAACUUUCUGGGCUUGACCCAUAUGGAUGCAACAAUCUCUCACAAAAACACUCAGCCAACUGCUUAUACAUCUAUAAUGGGAUCCAUGAGAGUGCUGUCCUUCAUUGCAGAUGGAUUCUAUAUCUACUACCCAAUGCUUGUUGUCAUUCUCUGUAUUGCUACGUACUUCAGUUUAGGAACUCGUUGUUUGAAUCUUUUGGGGUUCCAGCAGUUCAUGGGUGAUAGCGAAAUGACCUCGGAUUUGAUUGAUGAAGGAAAAGAGCUAAUCAGAAGAGAGAAAAGGAAACGACAGAGGCAGGAAGAAGGUGAAAACAGAAGAAGGGAAUGGAAGGAGCGGUAUGGAAAUAGAGAGGAUUCCACCAGAAGCAGAGCUGUCCACACAGAUCAGAAAGAAUCUAGCUUCUCAGAGACCAAUGCCAAUAGACCACUAUCAAAGUAUACCCGUUCAAAUGGUAGGACUGAAAGAGAUAGAAUAGAACUCCUCCAGGAUGCAGAACCUUUGGAUUUUAAUGCAGACUCUGUUAAUGAUGACCCCCUUGAAUCGGACUCAGGAAGGUACCAGCCUGGUGGAAGAUACCUGUCAAUGUCUCGAAGCAAAAUAUUUGAUGAUGUUUAAGCUUUUGAAAGCUAAAGAAAAUUCAGUGGAAAUCUAGCUCCUACUCAUUGCUUGGAAAAUACUGCAUUUGCAAUAUGUCACUGAACCGUCAAAGACUCUUUAAAAAAAAACAUGAAGGAACAACACUUUGGGGAAUGCACGUGUAUGAUAACUUCACCUCUAGUGAUAGGAAUAUGCUUCUGCUGUUGUAGAUACUGUUGUGCAUCAGUGUGGGCUUUUGUGUCAUGACCAAAAGGAGAAAACGAUUUAAAGUUAAUAGAUGAUAAACUCACUAAUAUACCUAGGGCUCAACUUGAACUGUAACAGUCUAAGUUUGGGGAACAGAUUUUCUGGAAUUUUUUAUUUUGUAUUUUAACCAAUGCUGUGAGAGCAUAUUGAUGUAUCCAAAGUGCAGUUAUAUCAGCUAUGCUUUUGCUGAGAAAGUUAGUCACAGAAUGGUUUGGGUUGGAAGGAACCUUAAAUAUCAUCUAAUUUCAAGCCCCUCUGCCAUGGCAGGGACACCUUCUAGUGCUGCUCAGCCCUCCAUCCAGCCUGGCCUUGAACACACCCAAGGAUGGGACAUCCACAAGUUCUGUGUGGCAACCUGUGCCUGUGACUCACCACCCAUACAGUAAAGAGUUUCUUUACAUAUCUAAUCUAAAUCUGUCUUCUUCACAUGUUCAGCCAUUUCCCCUUGUCCUGUCACUACACUUCCUGGUAUAGAGUCUCUCUCCAGCUUCCCUUUAGGCACCUUCAGACGCUGGAGGGUUUUUCCUGUGAGGUCUCCACACAACAUUCUCUUCACCAGGCUGAAAAGCCCCAACUUUUUCAGCUGAUCUUCACUGAGGGAGGUGCUCCAGUCCUCUCACCAACCUGGUGGCCCCCUCUGUGCUGGCUCCAGCAGGUCCCUGUGGUUCCUGUGCUGGGAGCCCAGGGCUGGAUGCAGUGCUCCAGGUGGGUCUCAGCAGAGCAGAGCAGAGGGGCAGAAUCCCCUCCCUGCCCUGCUGCCCACGGGGCUCUGGGUGCAGCCCAGGACACGUUUGGCUCUCUGGGCUGGGAGUGCCAUGGCUGGGCCAUGUGCAGCCUCUCACCCACAGCACCCCCGAGCCCUUCUGGGCACGGCUGCUCUGGGGCUGCUCAUGUCCAGCCUGUAAGCUGAGCCUGAGAUUGCAAUGACCCAGGUAUAAGACCUUGCCCUUGCUUUGUAUAGACACAUCUCUGAAGCCUGUCCAGGUCCUUCUGGAUGGCUUCCCUUCCCUCCACUAUCAACUGCACCGCACAGCUUGGUGUCCCCAGAUAGCCCUUUAGGUUCCUUCCAUCCUGGUACUCUGUGAUUCCAUGAAAUUUUUUGGUAUAAAUUUUGGAGCGAUGUGUGGUGGUCAGAAAAGGCUGUAUUUUUUCUUUUCCAACAUUAUAAGCAGAUACAUGAUUUUAGCAUGUGUAAAUAUUUGAAAUUGAAUAUGGACCUGAGUGUCACUGUCAUAUGAGCGUAUGUGCAAUAGCAGGAAUACAUUAUUGAAGAUACAAUGUCUGCUUAAGAUCUUUACAGAUGUAAUGAUUCAAAAUCAUGGCACUAGUGUUUUUGUAACUGUAAAAGAAAUAUACUAUGAAGAUGGAGUUAAAUGCUGAAACAUGAUAAUUUGCACGCGCCUCAGGCACGGCUUCAAACUCUAGACUAUUUCUUUAAAAGAAGGGAAAUACAUAGCAUGACUAGGUAAUGGUAAACACUUUUUAUAUUCUAAAUACCCUGGUUGCAUUAUAUAUAUCAGUUUUUAAGGUGCCUGUAUUUUGCAGUAGGUUGUCGCAAAAAGAAUAAUACUUUGCCAUUCAAAAAUGCCAAUUAUUAACAGUGUAAAAAAGCUUCACAUUAAUUUCAUUAGUGUAGGCAUAUUUUUAAACCAUAGUUAGUUGUAUGAAUUUUCAAAUAUAAUCAUAAGGUAAAAGAUGUGGUCAGAUUCGUGAUAACUUUGAAAAUUUGAAUAAUUUAAAGCAUUUUGGUUUUUGUCGGAAAUCUUUGCCACUUGGGAGCUUUCUUAUGUGCUUUUUGCAAAAUUAUGUUGAAAACUAAAAGAGAACAUGUUUUUAUCAUACAUUCUUUAUCAUGCUUAAAAAACACAUCCUUAAAGCAGCUAGGAAUGGAUUAUUCCGAAAAGUAAGUUUUCAUGAAUGACAUAUUCUAGUAAUUUUUAACAAUAGUCUGUGUUUUCUCAAGUAAUUGUUAAUGGGGAUCUAACUCUACCUCCUGUGAUUUUAGUAUAUGUGUUGUAACAGUAGUGGUAUUUGUAAUACAUUGAUCUGCCUGUUUUGAAACACUGAAUUGUUACUAUGAAGGAGAAAAAAAUCUUUAUUUGUAUAGAAAUAAUUAUAUUAAUAAAUUAGCAGACAUACAAUAAUUGUCAGUUUUGUUCUUAGGCGAAUACAGUGAAUGUCAGCCAUGCCCACAGGCUCAUACAAUUUCCAGACUACUCAUAUGAGGUCACUUUUUAGUUUGAGUACUUUGUGUUUGUAAAAGCUUGUUCCAAGUCUUAGGCUUGAAUCUUAUCAGGGACUGGAAGUUGAGAAGAUGAGUCUCUCUUUAUUCAGAUAUUUCUUUAGGAAUUCUAUGGUAGCACCUAUUUAAUUUAUUUUUGAACUACUUAGUAGUACUAUCUUGAAUUCAUCCUUAUAUGAAAGGCGUUGUAUACGUUCUUGGGCACUCAUCCAUAUGACUGUUCUUAGACUCUAUAUUUCUGUUUUAAAAAUUUAUAUCAGCAGUUUAUUUAUGAAAACCUGUGGCAGAAAUAAAAUUCAAACUCUAUUUAUAUAACUCUUGAGAUGUCACUUCAAAGGGAUCUCAUCAGAGCCAGUAGAAAAGCUAUUACAAGGAGCUUCUGUUUUCUGAAAAUCUGUGAAAUAACUUUACCUCCUCCCUGGUGACCAGAUAAUGGGAUUGAGCCUUCUUGGGGCCUGUUUUUUCCCCUCUCAGUGAAAUGGCUGCAAACAGAAUUUUCAGAGGAAACAUGGUCAAGGUUUUAUAUAAAACAGGUAACUAGUCCCUAGUGCAGAUUUCAUUGGAAUACAGUAAUUUGAAGAGUUGACUGUAUAAAAUAAUGGCAGUGGGAUUUCAGAUUCUAGCAUAGACAUUCUGCGCUGAAUGUUUUUGACGUUGCAGUGCAGUAAGGGAGAACCAGUGGCUGCUUUUUGAGCUCUGAAAAGGUGUAAAGAAUUCUCUGUAUCAUGCUUGGCAAUGCCUGGUGUCACAUCCUCUCUGGAUGCUGUUGGGUUAAACAGGGAGUUAAUAAGUGAAGUCAGGUUUCCUCCAUUGUAUGUAUUGCUGACCAGGAGUUAUCCAGGCUCUAAUUACAUGCAAUUUAUUGCCUAAUUUAAAGUAUGUUUUGAAAACUCACUAUGGGUUCAUAUGACUGAAUCUGGAAUACUUUCAAUAAAGAAAUAAUCAUGUACAACUAUAGAAGAAUAUUAUUUUCUGUUCACUUAAGCUAGUUUCAAACAAGUUUGGUUACUGCUAGUACAAAUAGUGCAGAACUUGGCUGGGGGCUGUGUCCCUAAGGAUUUACCCCUCUCCAGAGAGCUGUGGAUGCCCUGUCCCUGGAAAUGUUCAAGCCCAGGCUGGACAUGGUUCAGAGCACCCAGUUCUAGUUGAAGAUGUGCUGGCUAACCAGGAGGGCUGGACUGACUAGGUGGCC